UCGUAAACAGGAAGUUGUCCCAGACGUCACUGUCUUGUAUUGCGUCGCGUCUGUGUUUAAAUACCAGCCCCAUUGCAGGAGCGGGUGUUGAGCCGAGAUAGUGACAGCCCAGAUAGUGUCAGCCAAGAUGGGUGCACGUAUCCUGCUAUUUGCCCUCUGGGGAUUAACAACAGUUGCAGCACAGGGCUGCCCCUCCGGAUGUGUGUGUCCAAGAGUUGGUCACGUGUCUUGUACAGGGCUCUCCUCCUUCCCAGAAACCUUCCCCCCAUCAACGGAAGUAGUCACCAUUUAUCAAUCUUCCUUACCGGAGAUACCACCGGAUUCGUUCAAGGGUCUGCCUCGCCUUAACAUGGUCUCACUGUACAAGAACACGAUUCAGAAAAUAAGAAACUGCGCCUUUAAAAACUUGAUGAAGAUGAAGUCAUUAUCUAUCUACCAAUCGAACAUUGAUACGAUUGAAUCCGGAGCAUUUUCUAACAUGACGUUCGUAAGUCGAGGAAUGUUAUCUUUGUACAGCCUUACUAUUGGAGCCAUCCAGCCAUACGCCUUUUCUUCAAUAUCGGAUUCCCGUAUCAGUAUUUACAGUGCCAAUAUUACAACCAUGGGAUCAUUCUCUUUCCACAAAAUAGCGGCAAAGUCCUUCUCGCUGUAUUUGGCAAACAUUGGCCACGUGGACACCUCAGCGUUUGCAGAAUUCAAUGAAACCAAAUCGGCCAGUAUUUAUUCGUGUUACAUUGCAAAUCUUCACUGCAAUACGUUGAACGUCCUUCAGUCAGAAGUCGGUAAUUACUUCUCAUUCUACCAGCUAGACUUUAACUGCAGUUGUGAGCUAGCAUGGUUGUUUGAGGCUGCGCAGGACAACCCCUACUUCGCCAAUUCACUGAACCGAAACCGCUGCCACAACAGUUCAUCCUUGUUUCCUGGCAGAAGUUUAAGAACUCUAAACGCAACGCUUCUGUGCCCGACGGGAAGUGCCACGUCUGAGUGCUUGGUGCCGGAAGUUGCCUUUCCAUCCCAGUGUCCGUUGCCUGGCUCUCCAACCGAGUCUCCAUUGCCUGGCAACGGAGACGGUGGUAAUGGUGGUAAUGGUGGUAGUGGCCACGCCGCGUAUGUCCUCGUGGUGUUGACCCUUGUGACCAUUCCGUUCAUGACGAAUCAUCUGAAUGACUAACCCUGUGAAUGAAUGUGACCUACAUGUAUGUAACGUGUAUACACUGGAUGUCCGUCUCUGACGAGCACUACACUGCACAUCCCUCGCGAGUCUUCUCAUACAGUGAUUUAUAUACACAUCGGAUUUAUCUUUACACUUACACAUGGAACAUUCACUUACUACCUUACUUUAAAGGUUUUUGCAAAACUUAAUAUGUUGAAAGUUGUACAUUGGUAGCCAGACAAAUACCCAGGUGGCUGUUAAGGCCCUCACAAUUCGGAGCAAGAUGAAGCAGAUUUUAUGAUAUUGUCCAUACCUUUUUUCGCAGGGUUAUUUAAUAAACAAACAUACUGCUACAA